GGAAGUUGUGUCACAAUUUUGCGUUAUAAAUUAUAAUGCCUGAUUCAUAAUAUUAUACCAAAAGGUCAUAAUAAAUUGUUCAAUAAAAUACUCAUAUCAAAAGUUCAAUAUCCUUUUUAAAAUUAAUUUAUAACAAUUCUAUUAGUAUCCGUUUUAAGCCUCAGUAAAUAUGGAAUCUCCUAGACAGUUAGAAACGGACACUGUAGAGUUUUGGAGGAAACAAGCCAAAUAUUACGAACAAAAAGUUAUCGACAUUCAGCAAGAAUUAGACGAGUACACAGAAAAUUCAGCACAACUAGAAAAGGAAUUGGAAGCAUCAUUGGUACAAGUUGAAAAACAGAAUAGAGACCUAGAACACCAAAAUCAACGAUUAAAAAAUGACAUUGAUAUAUUGAGGAAAAAAUUGGAGCGAAGUCAACAUGAAACCAAUGCAUUGGAAAGUGAAUUACAGGCAUUGAAAAUAGAAAAGGAAAAACAAGCGACUUACAUACGUGAAAUUGAGCAGAAAAAUGAUGAUCUGGAAAGGGGACAGAGAGUUAUUACAGAGUCAGUUUCUUGUAUAGAAGCGCUAUUAAAUCAGGCAUAUGAAAGAAAUGCGGUACUAGAAAGUGAAGUAGAUGAAAUAGAGAACUUGAGAGUGAAACUCCAGAGAGCUAAUGAUGAAGCUAGAGAUCUCAAACAAGAAUUAAAGGUAAUAGAAAAGGUACCUGAUUAUAAAAAGGAAGAUGGAAGCAUUGAAAAUGUAUGCAAUGGACAUAUCUCUAAUACAUCACGCACUCAAGUUGAAAUAGAAACUCAAACUUCUUUAACAACGCCACAGAAGCGGGAAAUCAAUGGUAAUGCAAUGACACCCUCUUCCCGUGUCACUGCUAUCAAUAUAGUUGGAGAUCUGCUCAGGAAAGUAGGGGCUUUGGAAUCAAAGUUAGCGUCGUGUCGUGGUACAGUUAGACCUAAAGAGCAUUCACCAAAUCCGAGCUCAGACGUCAAUAAGGACUACAGGUGUGUACUCAAGAACUAGGAUACCAUCGACAAUCCACUGCGACUAGCAACAUUGUGUUAGCUAUUGUAGCAUAGAUAAUAAAUAUUCUUACAACAGCUUCACGUACACACGUCGUUUAUAUAAAUCGUAUAUGUUGUGAUCAAUAUAAUAUUUUCCUAAUUAACUAAUAUCUGUGAUGAUUAUGAAGUAAUUAAGGGAAAAAAAACUUAGUAAAUGCUAAAUUUUUUUGGGCUACCCACCGGACACCUCACAGUUGUGGCAAAUAUGAGAGCUUGCUUAACACUGUUUUUUUCACCAGAGUAACAUCCUUGCUAAUGAUCUUGUAAAGACAUUCACACACAAUAUUGUCCUUAUUGCUUGUUGGUCUUUGACUUAAAACGUAAAAGUAAACAUCAAGAUGGCAACACCCAUAAAAUGUGUGUGUUGGGCUCACAGUAUUUGUUUAUCGUCUAUUUAAGGUGGAUAAAUAUUUUGGAAGAAUGAUUUUAUGUAAAUAUUAAGUGUAUAGCUAUUGUGUAUGUUAAAAUUACAAAUUUUUAUCAUCUUGAAUAAUAACUUUUAUUCAUUUGAUAGUUUAU